GUGAACGCAGACCGCAGCGCCGAACGCACACACGUUCCACGUUUUCUUCCGCAGUCCGAGGAGGGUUUAUUUUUUUUUUAUUAUUAUUUUCCCAGCAGUUUACGCGCGUCGCGCACCCGACCGCACCGAUUAUCAGUGAGCCAGUGAGACGCACACAUGCUGACCGAUUUUUCGGUCCGCGACCGACCAGUGCUGUGCUUUGGACGUGCUACAGUGCUAAAUAUGUAAUUAUGGUGCAAACAGUUGGAUACAGCCAGUAUUUUUGUCGAGUUUUACGGAUUCGCUGAAGGACUGGUUCGGUUCAGGCACCAAGCUGGCUAGCAUGUUUUUAACUAGCGACCUGGACACGUUCUUGUGCAAGCAGGAAUGGGAGCGACGUCCGGAGGAGCUCGAGAAACCGCGCAGGGACAACACGUUCCAGAUCGAGGACUUCUUCGAGUCUGCUCAGGCGCAUGGCCAUCAGGCGCCCGCCAUGAGCUAUGUCUCGAUGCGAAGUCUACCGCCGACGGCGCCCGCCCAAGACGACGACGUGUUCCUGCGCCCGCCCCUGUGGGAGGACAUUGCCAGCAGCAUACAGAACAUCGAUCCCGAGAACGCGAACAUGCUGGGCGUGGGCGCCGGCCAGGUCAAACUUGAGGCAGUGGACGACCUGGGCGUCGGAUGUGCCUCGACCCCCUCCCCCCUUUUAUCGCCCCUAGAAAUUAAAACCGAAAAGGUGAUACAACAGCCUGGUCCGACGUUACACCUAAUGGGUACGCCGACCGGUCAGUACCAACAACCCCCUCAACCCACCAGCCCGCACUCGGGCCACUCGCAGCAACAGCAGCACUACCACCCCCAGGCGCAACAGCCACCUAUGCACCAUGCGCCGCCCCACAACAACAACACUCACCCCCAGUACAAAUAUAGUAAUAAUGUGACGGGUCCACCCGGACCCACACAAGCCGGAAACGCCCUUUACUCAAUGAAUAGGCUGAUGUACGUGUCACCCCUGACGCCCCCCAGUUCAGAGCCCGGUUCGCCAGGCGGCGCGCUACCCCGGCGGACGCCCCCGCCACCCUAUCCCGCUCCCGGCUGCCCCCAACAGACCCCGCCCACGGUAGUGACGAGGGUGGCGGGCGGACCCACCGCCAAAUACAAUCGUAGAAACAACCCCGAACUGGAGAAACGUAGGAUACACCAUUGUGAUUUUAUAGGUUGUACAAAAGUUUAUACUAAAAGCUCACACUUAAAAGCACAUCAAAGAAUACACACAGGAGAAAAACCAUAUCAAUGCCAGUGGCCCGAAUGUGAGUGGCGAUUCGCACGUUCCGACGAGCUCACCCGCCACUACCGGAAACACACCGGAGCCAAACCAUUCAAAUGUGGCGUCUGCGAACGUUCCUUUGCCCGGUCCGAUCAUCUGGCGCUGCACAUGAAACGUCACCUGCCCAAAACGUCCAAAUGAGAGCAGACAGUGUCACUGCUUACUAUUAAUCUAACACUUAUUAUUUAUCGAACACAAACAUUCCUUCGCAACUGGGCCGGAACAAAUUUCUCGCAUCCCCGACGCAUAUAUCACUGAUGGGGGGUUGGAGACUCGUUUUGUUUUUGCGUUGGACAUUUAGUCCGAGAUGAAUUUGUCCCGUCCAAAUAUAUACGAUCUCAACAUUAAAUCGUUAUUAUUUUUUGUAAAUUUUAUCAAAAGAAACGUACCUCAUCACUCGAAUGCCUUGAAUUAAAUUUUAGAGGCCUUUCCCAGUGUACUUAUAACGUAAAUAUUCUUAACAUAGAUCAGUUUAUAGAUAUUAAAGAGCCUUCAUACUUUGUGAUUCAAACUGUGUGUAACCAGUGGUUUAUUAUUAGAGUUGUCUUGUAUUUAUAGAAAAUGUGUAUUUUGGAAAUAAGGCAAAUAAAAAAAAUCAAUGUUUUGGUACAAUAAGCAAAUGAGAGUUUGCAUAUACUGUUUUGAAGGUUGAUUUGCCUUGGCCAUUUUGUUGUUUAAUAACGCUAUAUUUAUAAAGUUUAUUUUGUUUUAUAUAUUUGUAAAAACUAAUAUUAUUUUGGUUGUGAACUAUUUGUUAUCACUAGCUGUAUUAUUUGUAAAUUUGAACGAUUUUAUUUUUAAUAAUAUUGCCAUCUAAUUUUACCCAUUAUUUGUGAUUUUAUAUAUAUAAAUAUAUUUUUAUUGAAGAUUAUUUUAUAUGUAUAGUAGUCAGAGUUUGUCUCCUUAACAAAAAAUGUUCGAUAAAUUAAUUUUGUUGUGGAAACUCGCAGCACAAAAUGACAAAUUUUGACUCCUGAAAUGUCGUAUACAAUGUUCAGUAUAUGAAGUUACCAAAUAUGUACACUGAAUAUUAAAAACUGUACAUAAAUGAGAAACUGACUAGAAACUAGUCAAGUAAUUCCAAUAUUUGUAAGUAUAUUAUUUAAGUUAAAAUCUGCUAUGCAUAUCUAGUAUAUUUAUAUCUUUAAAUGUAAGUACUUUAAAUACACAAAUCUCUUUAUUAACAUUUAUUUGUACUUUAUGUAUGUUAUUUAUAUGAAUAGAGCAAGGUAGAGUACACAUAAUGUAGUUAGAUUGUUUUUUUUUUUUAAUUUUGUAUAAUUUCACUUAAUACAGUUUUAUUUUUAAAACUAGUUUUAUUACGUAUAAAUACUGUCCAUAAAAAGUCAUGGGAUACAAAUCAUAAUUCAUCACCAUUACUUUCUUUUUCAACUGCACACCUUGCAUACAAGAAAAAAGGGGAAAUAAAACAAAACAUUAUUAAUGUCAUGACUAUUAUUGCAAAACAAUUUAAACACAAUUAACAUAUGUUGUUCUCAACAAAUACAAUUCAAUACAUUCAUGGCAGUUACAAAAAAAUACAAAUCUAUAACAAGAUACAACAGUACCUAGAUAAAACAUUUGUUCGACACAAUAUGGAUAAAAGUCCUUUUAUUCAUAGGACAAAUUAACUAGUCCAAAGCAGGUUAACCUUAAUAAUAAACCAUUAUUUAAAUUGUUAAUAACAUACCAUAAAAUAUAUUUUUACUUUUAUUCAUU